CACUGCAUCUCCUAAACGCGACUAUAAAAGCCUUAGAGUUGAAAAUUUAUGGCAUGGUUUUAUAUGAUUACCCCGUGCUGUACGUCAUUCCAACUAACGCCGAGUGCAAAAAUGUUCAAGUUCUUGGUAUUCCUUACAAUUUGCGCCGCCCUGGCCUCGGCCAAUUUGGUGCGCGUCCCAAUCUACAAGAACCCCAAUUAUCGGAGGACUCGCAGUUCUGUCGAAGCCGAAACCAACUUUUUGCGCGCCAAAUACAAUGUUGCCAGACCACGCAGCGUUUCCGAAGAGCUGGAUAAUGAGCUGAAUCUGUCCUACUAUGGCAAGAUCACCAUCGGCACACCAGCGCAGGAAUUCUUAGUGCUCUUCGAUACUGGUUCCUCAAAUCUGUGGGUACCAUCAUCCACCUGCCCCGAUAGUAACGAAGCAUGUCAAGACCACAGUCAAUACGACUCAAGCGCCUCCAGUACCUAUGUGGCUAAUGGCGAAAGCUUCUCCAUUCAAUAUGGAAGCGGCAGUUUGAGUGGUUUCUUGUCGCAGGACACAGUAAGCGUUGCUGGUCUCACCAUUCAAAACCAAGUAUUUGCUGAAGCUAUACAAGAACCCGGCACUAGCUUCGUAAACUCGAACUUUGAUGGUAUCAUGGGUAUGGCAUUCCAAUCGAUCGCCGUGGACAAUGUUGUGCCGCCCUUCUACAACAUCUGGAAUCAAGGUCUGGUGAACAACGACGUGUUCUCCUUCUACCUGGCGCGUGAAGGUACCUCCGACCAGGGUGGUGAAAUGAUCUUGGGCGGUUCUGAUCCCAGCUACUACCAAGGUGGACUCACUUAUGUACCCAUCUCUCAGCAAGGCUACUGGCAAUUCAGCUUGGGUGGCGCCACCAUUGGUGGACAAACUAUGUGCGGUGAAGGUUGCCAAGCCAUCGCCGAUACGGGCACCUCCCUCAUCGUUGCACCCUACAAUGCUUACUCUGUCUUCAUGAGUGUUGUUGAUCCCGACUAUGAUGGAGUGGUCGAUUGCUCACUUAUCGACUCGCUGCCCGAUAUGGUGUUCGUUAUUGGUGGCAACAGUUUCUUGGUGCCAGCUUCGCAAUAUAUUCUCAAUGACGCCGGUGAGUGCUCACCAGCCGUUAGCUACAUGGGUACCAAUUUCUGGAUCUUGGGUGAUAUCUUCAUUGGUCUCUACUACACCGAAUUCGAUUUGGGCAAUAGCCGUAUUGGUUUCGCACCAGUCGCUUAAAGCUGUUCAAUUGGUUGGCCGAUAAGGAAUUGUCGGAACUAUUUGAAGUAUUAUUGUACAUAUAAAACACAAUAAAAAAAAAUGU